AUGGUCAACUUCAGCGUGAUGGUAGUGGUGCGCAUCUGGGUCUGGUGCGGCACAUUGGCUUCGAUCUACAUGCCCUCGAUCGCUGUGCGUCGGAUCUACCGAGAACGACGAGUCGGGAGAGCGUGGUUCCCCAACUUCCCCGCGUUCGCGAUUGGCGACAUCGCCUCGCUGUGCUAUGUGUUCGUCUACUGGCGGUGUCGUGUUUGGCUUGUCGGCCGUGCCUUCUACGUGAUCCUCGGUCUGUCGGGAUACACUGUCCAGACGCGCGAGGACGUAGGGAGGACCCAUGGACUGUGCUUUUGCGACGUCACCGUCGUCUCGAUCAACAUCCUCGUGCUCAAGAACCUCGUCCGCGUCUUCAAGCAAAAGUCCGCCGCGUCCAUCAACGUGGCCAGUCUUUGCGUGGGGACAUUCUACUCUGUCGGGUGGCUCACGUUCGGCCAACUGACUUCGAACUGGAUCAUUGCCGGACCCCAAGUGUUUGUCCUUGGGCUACACUUCUCGGCGUGGACCAUGUACUUCGCCUUCAGUCGAAAAUCAACGACAUACUCGGUUACCACGGAUGAAGACCCCAACAUGCUGUCAAUCGAGAUCUCCCCCCUUGCUGAUCCAGACAAGAAAGAAGAGGCAGACCCUCGCUAUCCGGUAUAUGAAUCUCUGCAGUCUCCGUUAGCUCCACUUCAUUUACGAGAUAAAUGA